AUGAUUCUCCAUCAACUAAUAUAUAUCAUCUACCCAUUCAUUCUCCUAAUCACUUUGAUCCACGCACUCGACAUUACCAUAAACGAUGUCAAAAUCGAUGAUCCUGCUCAGGUUGUUAAAUCGAAAUUCAAAAAAUACUUACCAGAAUUACAAGAAACUUUGGAAAUACCAAUACGUCCUAAUCAACAAACUAUUCGUGAAUCAUUCAUUCGUCCCCGUAUCACCAACACCAAAGGAGGCCGGAUCAAUCAUCGUGGUAUAAAAUCGUUGUUUAGAAAAACCAAGACCCAAUCAUCGUCUAUCCUGGUGUUGCUGAGUCUGAUUCAGACCCUGCGGGCUACAAAUGGUGAUUUCAAUGAUACUGAUGACGAGGACGAUAUUUCAUUAACUCAAGUCGACCCACUUUUUAACACCAGCGACACUUCCACGGUUCAUUCACGUCCUUCUUGGAUUAAAAGUUUUCUCAGUUACAAGACCAAACAAAGUACGGUCCAUUCCAUGUCAGUUGACCCGUCAAGUAAAUCGAACAACCAUAAAUCCUCACCAAACAAACACGUGGACCUGAAAUUGAAAUCGAAAAUCACCGAAUAUGAAGAUUCAUUGAGUAAUCCCAAGGACUUGAAACGUUGGGUUCAGUUAAUUGCUGAUAAGCCAACCGCCACAAGGAACAACAAUCACGGGGGAUCACCGACAUUUCCUUCUUCCUCAAUCAAAACGAAAACAUUCACCACUGGUAACAAAAAUGAUCAACAACAACUUGAAAUUGAUAUCGACGAAUUUAUCAAUUAUUUGAUCAAUGAACAAGGUUUUAAUCGUGACGACUUACAGUUUUUGAGAAUGAAAAAUUUGGAUUAUGGAUUAGGUGAAAUUGAACAAGAAUUGAACAAAUUAAAAGAUCAGCAAGGUAAACCAAAAGUUAUCAAGAUUGGUGGUGAAGAAGAUCAUAGUAAUGGAGGAAAGAAAGUCAAGGUUUAUUGGCUCUCAUUAAUGUACUUCUCCAUUCUUUUGCUAUCUUGA